AUGUCUGAGCCCGAUACCAAAGGACCCAUCACCAGUUUCCCCGCCGAGGGUCUCCGCCACGCCCGGCGCUUCAUCACCUCACACAACAAAGAAGGUGAAGGCGUGUUUGUCGUUGAUGACGACGGCGAUCACCACCGAGUCAUGGUCGAAGGUCUGGCUGUGGCAAACAUUAUCUACAGCACCGCCGAGAACCCUGUAGAUAUGAACGAUGACCUGGACCUUGUCUAUGCGCGAGACCAUGAGCCUGCAAUCCAUGUUCCUAACGGCAGCGUCGCUCGUCUGAUUGAUUUCGCUCCUGGGGUGGAAUCGCCAAUCCACCGUGCGCUUUCGAUUGAUUACGGGGUCGUGAUUGAGGGGAAGUUCGAGCUUUCGCUUGAUAGUGGGGAGAAGAGAAUCAUGUUACCUGGUGAUACUAAAGGUGUUAACAGGGGCUGCAUGCACAAGUGGAAGAAUCUGGAUGAAGAGAAGCCGGGGAGGAUGCUGUUCAUCUUGCUGGACGUGAAGCCGGUCCAGGUCAACGGCGAAUCGAUCACCGAAUAUCUGGGCAUUCUGGAGAAGGACUACGCAAAUACUGGGAAAUAA